AUGCUUGGAAUUUGCGCAACCCUAGUGGUUCUCUCUGGCUUUACUCUAGCCGAUCUCUCUGGCACUGCUCUGGCCCAUCCUAAAGAAUGUCCUGCUGAAGGGCUGACGUACGUCUUACUGGAAUAUCUGGAUGAGGUUCGAGAGACGUUCCGUCUUUCUGGCAUGGAGCGUUAUGCGAAGCUGGACAGAUUUGGGAUACCUGGGGCUACUAAUGCGUUGAGAAGUCUUAAAAAAUUACGGGAAAAAGAGAAACCACCACAAACAAUGAUCUUGGACAGGUGUAGUGCUCCGUACUACACAUGUACUCUCGCGUUCCACAUUCCUCAUAGAGGAACACCUCUGUACGACUUUGCUAACAUUGCAUACAAGGGACUGCUCGAAAAGCAUCAGAAUGACCUCAGAGAGAUGGAAUCCAUGAAGAUUGUCGGUUGCCUGUGCAAUGAAAAUGCCAUGGCAUGCGUAUUCAGCAAGUAG